UGUUCUUAAGACUUGUUAUCGUAUUAUGGUGUCUUUCUCAGUCUUAAAAUACCAUUACCCUAGUUAACGAUUACCCAUACCUGUGGAACCAAACACCUAUGACAUUAAUCGAGUGAAGUAACCAAUUAUAUUAAUGGAAAUAGAAGAAUAUCCCCCAAAUUAAAAAAAAAUACCUCCUCACGUCACGACCACAGCAUUGUACUCAAGGCAAUAAUUUUCUCUAGUGUUAAAAAUACUUAUGAAUUAUGUGAUUGACAGUGAGAUAUGGAUAAUAAGUUUAAUUUAAGUGAAAGUUAAGAGGGUGUUAAGUAAUAUAAAUGAAUGUGAUAGCGUUAAAUGGUGUAAGAAAACUGAGACAUAAAAGUGAUGGGAACAACAUCUUCAUUUAAUUUGCAGUUUUGUGUUACAUCCUCAGCAACAAAAUGAGUAAAUUCAGAAACAAGAUUCCAGAAACUUGUCGGUACUGGAAGGAAGGCAAGUGUUUCAAGGGCGAGUUUCAGUGCAAUUUUGUACAUGGGUACGUGUGUCCGGACGAUAGACGAUGCCGGAGGGAAAACUGCACCCGCUUUCACUUAAGCCAGAUGAGGCGUGGACCUCCUCAGAGGGAGUACCGUGGGAAACAGUUUCAGAAUCACCCAAGACAGGGGCACCGGGACAGAUAUCGGAGAAGUCGCAGUCGAAGUAUUAGUCCACUUCGCCAUCAAAAGACAUUCCAUCGUAGCCGCACUCCCCCUCGUCAUCGGAGUAGAAGUCGUAGUCCCCCUUACCACCCAGUUAAAAGUUACAGCUCCCCUCACUGUCGUAGCAGGAGUCUCAGCCCCUCUCGAUAUCACAGAAGCACCUCUUGGCGCCAAAGUAGAAGUUCCAGUCCGGCAAGAUUUCGGAGUAGAAGUUGUAGCCCGGUUAAAUCACGAAGUAGAAGUCGAGUUUUAGAUAGAUCUCGUAGUAGAAGCCGUAGCAUAGGUAGACUUCGGAGUCGAAGCUUUAGUAUAGGAAGACUUCAGAGUAGAAGUCGCAGUCCAGCCCCGUAUCGAAGUAAAAUCACCCCACCUCACCACGAGAAAAGUAUCAGCCCCAGUCGUCUUCGAAGUAGAAGCAAUAGUCAAACUAGACCUCAAGCGGGGUGUAGCCAAAGUCACCGUCGAAGCAGAAGUCGUAGUAUAACUCAGUUCAGUAGUAAAAGUUUUAGCACUGCUGAUGCUGGUAGUAGAAGUUGUAGCAUAAGUAAUGAGUACAGUAGAAGUCACAGUAGAAGUCAACUUCGAAGUAGGAGCAGUAGCCCUUCACAAUUUCCGGUUAAAAACUGGAGUCCAUCCCACUCUCAAAGCCCACCGCACCAUCAAAGUAAAAAUCGCAGUUCAUCCCAAGAUGAAAGUGCAGGCAAUGUACAGCAACUGGACUUUGAAGAUAUUUAUGCAGAUUUAGAAGAAGAAACAUUAGGAUCAUCAGCAGAAGCAGAGAAACAUUCAGUAGAUAAAUUGGUUAUUUCUGAGCUUCAGGCUCGCAUCACGAGGAACUUUAUGAAUCCCCAUACACAAAAGUUAAUGAAGGAAAUUUUGAAAUCAACUUCAGAUAAAUCUAAAGAUAUUUCUCCCAAACCCCCAAUUUCACAAAGGCUGCAAUCUCCAAAUGAGAGUGCAGAAGUAGACCAGUUAGGGCUGGACCUAGAAGAAGUAGGAGAGGAAGUAGAUGAUAUAUUUACCAAAUCAAUAGCUCGAACUGUAGAUGAUUCAAUAGAGAGUGACUGCGAGGAGAGCCUUAAAAGUAGCAAAAGACAGAAAGAGCUCCAAGUUGGCAGUAACCCUUGUCCGCCUAAACCUAAACCUUUGCCAAAACCCAAACAACCCCUGCGUGCUGUUGACAUAGACUAUCACACUGACUGGGAACUGAAAACGUCCCUGGAAAAUCUCUCCAGACCCAUAGAAGGGAAGCAGAACCAAGCCCCGAUGGCUCCACCAAAGGCUGCCGCUAGUGGGAGCAAGUCCAACAGCUCGUCUCUGUGGACCCCAGCACUUGAUCGUCGCCAGUUACAAGAGUCCAAGCUGAAAAUAUCUUACCACCACAAAGCAAGUGACUGGGAGAUUGAGACGCCCUAUGUUGGGAGGAAGGACAAGAAUGAAGCCAAGCAGGAAGACUCGGUGUCAGGAAGAGAAACAAAGACUGGAUCAAGAGGCGUGAUGUCAUCGGUGACCGCCUUCUCCCAGCCAGAGCCUGGCAUCCCCUAUGAAAACAAUCACUUAACAAAUGAAAGAAUACUGGAACAAAGUAUGGAAAAUGCCUCCCAGUCAAAGACCAUGCUUUUCCCGAGUGGACAGUCUAUAUCCACUAGCGUUCCCUCCACAAUAAGUCACGGAGUCAUGACGAACAUUUCAACAUCAUCAUCGGCUGCAGUGGGUGCUUAUGGGGUGGGUGCUCUGAGUACAUCUUCAGUUCAAUCUGCUGAUCUUAUGAGAGAGUAUUCAAGGGUUAGGCAGUCAUUUCCAUCUCCCGAAGGAGGGGGAAGGUCCUCAAAAAAAGUGUCUGGUGAACGUAAGGCCAGAAAGUCAUCCGAGAGCCCCAAGAGAUCUAAGCAUAAACGACACAAAGAGAAGAAAUCCAAACGCAAAAAAGAGUCUUCGGAUUCUGAGUCUGAAUCUGAAGCGAGUAAUCACGAUAAAAGAGAACCUGAAAAAAAGUCAUCGCCAGAACCUGAAAAGGAAAAGUGUGAGGUUGAGGCACUGUUAACAAAAAGGGAAUCUUUAAUGAAACGAGUCAAGAUGCUGAUGGAACAGAAGAAUAUGAUGAACGAACAACGUGAAGAUAUCAUCAAGAACCAUAAGGGAAGCAGAGACAGUCUCUUCAGUCUUUUAGAAGAGAACUCGUUACUCAUGACUGAAAUAGGGAAGCAGAUUCUCAAAAUAAAUAACAUGGCUCACAAAGUUGACCAGGAAAUUAAAGGUGAAGGUGGAGAUAUUAAGCAGAGUGCAUCUGUGUCCAGAGAGAGAUCUAAAAGCCCUUACCAUUCAAGAGAAAGACAGAGGAAGUCGGGGUAUUCAUCAGAGAGAGAAAAGCAGAGAAAAACAUCAUAUUACCAUUCUCCUGAAAAGACUGAGUUAAAUAUGUCACCGUUGAUGAAGACAAAGAGAACAAGAUCUCCUCAGAGGAAGGAGAGUUGGUCUCCUCCGCCUUCAAAACAUAAAUCUGGCGAGUCAUCCAGAUCAACAGAACACGCUGCUAAACUAUCAAAACAUAACACAUCUAGGUCACCAGCUCCAGGUUUACCAAAAGAAAGUAAAAAACAUUUCUCAAGUCCCGAAUCACAGAGAAGUUUGUCUCCUCCAAAAAAGCGUCGAGUAAACAGCAGCACCGAAACGGCUAAAAAGCAAGUGAGCCUUCGGGGUAAAGGUCACCAGGAGACAAUUAAGGAAGAGGUGGAUGAAACACUGCAGUAUGCCCCACUUACCACUCAGAGGACCUUCAUUCGGUACAUGGACCAAGGGAUGCAUUGGUGUAAACUGUGCAGUCUCUUUUGUGAAACUGUGCCGGAGUAUGUGAGCCACCUGAUGACACUCUCUCACAUGGCAAGAGUUAAGAAUGACCGCAAGUCCUGGCUGGCCAAAGCCCCCAGAGAACAAAAAGAAGUUAAGCCUGCCAAUGCACAAGUUCUGACUGUACCUUUGCAGGGUUUGGAGUUUAUUCACUCACUACCAGCAUACUACUGCUCCUUGUGUGAUAUAUUCAUGAGGGACAAAGGAGAGACAGUGAGACACCCAGAGUCCAAGACCCACGUGUCCAAUUACAAAGUUCACCGGGCAAAGAACCCCAUGUAUGAGUCAACUUUCCUGAAGGCCAAAACAGCCGCCUAUGCCAAGUACAGCAUUGAUGAGGAACGGAAGCUUCUCGAGGGGCAGUUAAAUCUGAAAGAGAAAACCAUCGCUCAUGACAUACAGGAAAAGUUAAUGAAACAAAUAAAGGAAAAAAGAGAUAGAGAUAGAGAGAAGGACAGUAGAGAUGAUAGGUCAGUGGCAGAUGCUAAAGAUGAUAAGGCCAAGGGUUGUGGCAGCAUCAGAGUUGCCUCCAGAGGUCCUUCACAUUCUAGUGAUAAGAAAUCUGAUAAUCGUCAAAAGCACAAAGACAACUCCAAGCGACAUUCUGAGGAGCGUCAGGCACCUUCCCAAGAGGAUUCCAACACAAAAAGUAAGUCAAGGGAUGACUGCUUGAGGGGCAGCGACCAACAGAAAAAUGUGAAGGGCGGCGACCACCAGAAAAAUGUAAAGGGUGGCGAACAACAGAAAAAUGAACAUAUUCACAGUACCUGUAGUAAUGAUAAGGAAAAGAAAGAUGCCGAUGUGAAUGAAAAUGAAACACUUUCAAAGAGUGUGGAGGAACCUUCGAAAGACAAGGAAGAAGAAAAGAAAUCUGCUGUACCAAAACUGCCACUAAUAGGGAAAAUGCCAUUCUUGAAGAAAAGGCCAGCUGGACAUGGGGGCAAGGAACAGCAUAACACUACACGUACCAAGCAACAGGCGCCAACACAACACGAGUUACAUAUAGGGGAGGCUAAAACAUCAACCAACACUGAAAAUCAAGUAGAUCCAAAGAAAGUGGGAGACUCAUUAUUCCCAAUUGCUUACAACAUGGAAAUUAUUAGGGAGGAAGCUGACGUUAAAAUGAACAUAACACAAGAGAAUCCAGUUGCAGUGAACGAUAAUGAAAGUACUGCAGAAAAUAUUAGUACUUGUCUGAAUGAGGUGAAGGAUCUAUCUCCAGCAGAGGAACCUUCCAUCUAUUUUGAGGAGCCCAGCAACGAACCAAUGCCAAUGGACUUUGAGGACAGCAGUGACUCUGACAGUUUCAAAAUGUUUGACUCUAUGGAGACUGGAAAUGAGGAAUCUUCAGAAUGUGCUGCUGCCGCUACUCUGCAUGCUUUAGAUUUGCUGAGUAUCCCAUUACCUGGUUUAAAGCGAGCUACUGAAGCUGCCCCCGCAUCAGACAUUCUCUUACCACCUGGAACAGAACAUGAACAGCACUGUCAAGAAAGCUCAAAUUUAUCUUUACUUCCUGGAGGUGACGAUGGACCAGCUAUUGUAAUGACUGAAAUAUGUGGGCCAGAGGUAUCCAUACAGGAUCAUAGUUCUGGAGCGUGGAGCAAUAUCAGCAACAGCAAAGAAAGUCUUCUAAAAUCAACCUCUGGAAGUUUGAAGAAGUUAGAGAUACCUCUACCACCUGGAACAGAGGACUCUUCUCAGGUCCAAGAAGGCCUGCCACCCCCACCAGGAACAGAAUAUGAAGCCCCUAACUACCAUCUGGGAGGUGACAGUGAUGUAGUUAUUCCCCUGAUAAAUGUUGCACCGGUCUUUGAGCCAGGUUUUCAAGACCUUAGUUCAGGGGCUUGGAGCAUGGGUAGUAACAGUCAAGAAGGUUUUGGAAUGUCACUAAUUCCCACAGCGAGUGACAAGACUGCCGAGAUACUGCUCCCGCCUGGAACAGAGGAUGAACAUGUCCAAGAGAUAUCCUGCCUCCCUUUAUCAUCAACUGUUGCAGAUAAUAUUUCAGUACCAGGUAGUUCAGAUCAGACUGGGGUUCCUUCCCAAGCAUUUAUUCAACAACACAACUUAGGAUUAUGCAGUUCAGGUAGUGAUAGUUUAGAGGAUUUCCCAGUCCCACCAUCUAAAUCAGAUAGGCCCGACCCAGCUGCAUCAUUGUCCGUAGGUAUAGGACUCCCUCAGUGGCCCGUUGUCCAACCAUCCAGAUGUGCUGUAGUGCCAGAUGCUACUAACUUUACAAAUUGGAGCUCCCUGUGCCAUACAAAGAGAGAAUGCACACCACCUCCUCCAGGCACAGAAAAUAUGAUCAUAAAUGAACUAGAAUACACACCUGGUGAACUUGGUGAAGCAAGUAUGGAACUGAGUGAAGACAGCGACAGUGAAGGUGACCCUGGUAAAAGGGAGACGACGCCUCCACCUCCUGGCACAGAGUCGACAUCUAAAUUCUUAUCUACCAAGAGUGUUCCCUCCAAAAAGUUUACUACUCCCAAAAGGACUCCGUCGACUUCAAGACAUGAAAAUAAAGAAAUCAAGCCAAUCCUUAUGGAAAAGAUAGAUAGAGAGCUUCCUAUUCAAAUUGUUAAUAAGAGACAAAGCUCACAUCUUGUAAGUAAAAAAGAAAAGUCUCGAAAAUUACCCUCUUGUAAUGAAGAAAAAGAAGAGGGACUUGAUUUUGAAGUGCAAAUAUCUUCAGGUGAUUUUAAAGUGUCUACCUGUGAUACUGUCGUCAAUGAUCCCCCGGGAAGUCGUGGCGGCGUAGAAAGUGCAACUCAACACACACACAACAUGGAGAGUGAUGAAACCAAUGAUAAAGGUGAUGGGGAAGAUAUAAAAGUGCCUGAGUUUAAAGAGACAAUUGUAUCAUCUGAAUGUGUUGGUAUUGAAUCUGGUAAACUCAUAUCAGAAGAUCCUAAGGAAAUUUUCGAGAGUGAUAAAGGAUUUGUUGACCCUUGUGCAAUACAGGAUGGGGCACUCGGGGAUAUGGAGGAUAGAAGCCAAGACGCGGUAAAUGAAAGUGAAAUACAUACACAGUUUCCUGAUAAUAUUAACACAGGUAUAGGACAAGUUACCGAUAUUAUUUUACAUCUAACCCAUGAAAGUACAAACACCAGUGAGGAAUGUUCAAGUGAAAACAGCUCAGAUUCAAGAACUACUCUCUUGGAAGAUGAAAAACAUUUACAAGCUCCGAGUCCUCAUUCACGGGACGUGGAUGAAUGCAGCGACGGGAUUGAAUGUGUAAGCCAAAACACCUGGAAUAGUGAAAAAUUAUGUGCUCAGUUAGAUAUAGAAUUGCAACAGUCACCUGGUGAUUUGGUUGAGACUGAACAUGCUGUAACAACUGAAGGAGGAGAGGAAGAAACAGAAGUUGGGUCACAAAGAACAUCAAGAACCACAAUAGUGAAUGAAGGUUCUGAAGAGGAAGUAACACAAGAUCAAUCCAGUGAAGAUUCUGCCGCAGAAACCAUAGAAUUUGUGAAAGAGGAAUCCGAGGUGGAGGAGACCAAACAGUUUGAGGAAAUAUCAAUUACUUUAGAAAUAGAGGAGACCAAAGUCAAGCAUUCAUCCUUACGGAGAACCUCCAGGGCCACUAAAGCUUCAACUGUUGAGCAGGAGUUGAAGGUAAAGCAACUCACUGGACAGAGAUCAACCAGAGGCAAGAAAGCAUUGACUAUUGUUCAGGAAGAGGAAGUCAGAAUAAAUCUUCCCUCUGAGAUAAAUAAAUCCCUGGAAGAAGAUGGUCAGUCUAUGGAACCAUUAGAAACAAUGACCAAAGCUAAUAAAGAAAUAGAAAUCCAAGAACAAGGGAAGGAGAUCUCUGACUCAAGAAAAGCCACCAGAGCCAAAAAAGUUACUGAGGCCAAAGAACAGCCAACAAGAGCGAAACAAUCCACCACAAGAAGACCAGUAAGAGGAAAAAAGACAUCAAAGACCCUGGAGGACAAACUUAAGGCAGAGCCAGUGACUUCACAGAGAGCAACCAGAGCCACCAGAAGCGCAAGUCUUGAGAAUAAACAGGAAGAGCACGGAACAGACGCCGUCCCAGAAACGUGUGAAAAUAUAUCUGACGAAGAAAUGAAAGGUAAUGAAGGUGUUAUCGAAGCUGAGAGUAAUAUGGUAACCAGAGCAUCAUCAGUUGACAAGGAAGAGGACAAGCAGCCCAUCCCGAGAAAGACCACUCGAGGUAAACGAACGCAAGGGAACGAGGAAACAGAGGAAGAUACGUGUAUUAUAGAAGAGACCGUGCAUAAGAAAAAUAGAUCGGCUUCCAGCAAGAGUCGUAAUCCUCGUAAAGAAACAAAAGUCGCAAAUUCCUCCCGACCCGUGCGCUCUAGCAGGAAAGCAGCAGUUUUAGCGUCGGCAGCCAUGGCAACUCAAACGAAGGACCAAGGAGAACUGGCUGAUUCACCCAUCUCUUUUGAGGAGACGUCUGAAGGAGAGUCAGAAUGAACGCGUUAUGUGAUAAGUCAUAGAUUCAAGAAUAGCAGCAUGACGACGUCCUCAAAAUUUCAGGUUUGCUUUAUCACACAGUCAAGAAUUGGUUGAAUUGUUUUUUUGUCUUACUUUUGUUUUUCAGUAUUCCUCUCGGUAUUGCUGAAUAAAUUAAACAAUAAACAUUUGUUAGCUAUUGAUAAUUAAACUUUAUAAAUUAAUUGAUUUCCAUAUAACUUUGUUGUAUUGGUUAUUAUUUAGACAAAAUUAUAAUUUACAUUCUAUCUCCCAAGUUUUGUAUGAACGAGUUACAAAAGUAUGUUCAUGCCUGUUGAACCUUUGUAUAUAUUAAAAUCGUGUUUAAUGUAAA